CUUCCUUUUGCUAAACUAGAGAGAGAAAAACAGUUUGAGAGAGAGAGAGAGAGAGAGAGAGAGAGAGAUAGAGAGGACAAAUAAAGCUUUCCAUCAAUCAACACAAAAGCUGCAAAAAAUCAUUUUUUACCUGCCCUCCAUUCAGUUAAUUCUGGUAAUGGGUAAUGUUAGUGGGAGGAAAGAUGAGGAGGCUGGGUGUUCAUCUGGAACCAAGCAUGAAGAGGGUGAAGAAGAAGAAGAAGAAGAAGAAUAUAUGAUGGAGUAUGCACAUGGUGGGGGUGGGGCGCGCGUUAGCUAUCAUGCGCAUGGCCCUUUUCCAGAGUCCAUGGUUCAGUCCCCUCCUCAUAGCCCUAGGGCUUACCACUCUCCUUUGAUGUUCACUCCACAGGUGCCCGUAAAUCCUGUACAAAGGCCUGAUGAGAUGAUGCAAAUCCAAAGUAAUGCAUCGAACCAAAAUGCAACUCAGAAUUAUGAUUUGCUUUCUGAGACGUUAAUACCAACAAUGAUCAUGUGGAGAUACCAUGGAAAGGAUGUAGCCAUUGAGGGUUCAUGGGAUAACUGGAAGACAAGAGAUUUCCUACAAAAAACAGACAAUGACUUCGCGAUUAUCAAAGUGCUCCCAUCAGGUGUUUACCACUUGCGGUUUAUUGUUGACGGACAAUGGAGGCAUUCUCCAGACUUGCCACAAGAGCGCGAUGAUUUGGGGAAUAUUUUUAAUGUUUUGGAUUUACAGCCUCCAGAAUUUUCAAGAAUUUACUUGCUGCUGAUGUAACACUCGUUACUUAGCAACUGAUGCUGUCCAAAAACCAUGUAUCUGUUUGUGCUACCUUUUGUUAGCAACUAUUACUUACAAUAUCAAUACCAUCAUUUUGUUGCCAAAAAGGUAGCCUUAUGAGAUUGACCCUAAGAGGCUUUUCUAUCUGAUACUCAGUAAAUACAUAACCGAUGACUUCCUGUUUCCUAUUGUUCGGUUUCUGAUGAGAAUUAGUCAAUAUCUUCUUACUAAAAAUAUUUAUUGGCAUUGCAUCUCUUUCAAUCAGAUUACAGGAAGGCCUCAAAGAAACAUUCUAAC